AUGUUGUCCAGCUUGAAGCCAUUUCAUACAAGGCCCCUUCAGCAAUUACGGUCUUUAUCGUCAAAGGGCGCUCCCAUCGCAAAAACGACAACUGCUUUCAAAACGAAUAACAGUGGCAGUAGUAGUAGUAGUAGUAAUAGUCCUCCAGAAAAGAAAGAAAAGAGUUUGCCGUGGCGGCCUGUCAAAAGAGUCUCUCGAAUGACCAUGGACAAGAUACGAACACUAGCAACAACGCAACCCGAAUACUACAAAAUCGAAACGCUAUCGGACGAAUUCAAGAUCUCUUGUGAAGCAGUGAAACGUAUCCUUAAAUCGAAAUGGGCGCCCACUCAAGAGGAAUUGGAAAGACAAGAGCGGAAACGAUAUGCAGCGAUGGGAAGGAGAAAAGAAGAGAUCAAAAAGGGCACCUAUGCCAGAUUCAAUACGGAGAGCACGCCAUCAACACCAUAA